ACCCCAGUGAUGAAGAGGCCUCUGAACAACCCUUGCUGGCAGGUCAGACGGCAAGUACGGCAACUCAUUAGAAAGAUGACUUUGAGAAUCUUUGAGGAAUCCACUCCAACAGCUCAAGAAAAACGACAAAGUAGCUCUUUCCCAGCAAGAGAAACAAGACCUCAGAGAAUAGCAGCUCACAUAACCGGGACCAUUUCAGGAAGCAAUUUAUCCACGGUUUCAUGUAAGACAAAUAACAAACAUGACUUAGGGUUGCGGAUGUAGCAGUCAGUGACAAGAGU